GCCAACAUGCCCUCCGUCUUUAAGUCUUAACCUCACCUCCUCCGCUGGCUUCCCUUAUCUCCAGUCUCUCCCGCUCGCCAAGAAUCGUGCCCGGGAAACCCCCUAUCUUGCUUGAAAAUUUCGAGUCCUCAAUCCUAUUUCCCGUGUUCUCCUCCGUCUCCCCCUUCGUGGACGCGGCCGAUGAGUUGGCUGGGGAAGCUCGGGUUAGGGUUCGGGAGCCGCGGGGGGCUCUCGACGGAGGCGUCGUCGGCGAUCGCGCAGGGGCCGGACGAGGACGUGCCGGCUCCGGAGCAGGAAUUCGCGCAGUUCGGGGCGGGGUGCUUCUGGGGCGUGGAGCUCGCGUUCCAGAGGGUGCCUGGGGUGACCAAGACCGAGGUCGGAUACAGCCAGGGGAACCUGCACGAGGUCACCUACGAGGAUGUCUGCACCGGGGCCACCAACCACUCCGAGGUCGUCCGGGUCCAGUAUGAUCCCCGGGAGUGCAAGUACGAGGACCUGCUCGGGGUGUUCUGGGGGCGCCAUGACCCCACCACCCUCAAUCGUCAGGCAAAUGAUGUUGGUACCCAGUACCGGUCUGGAAUAUAUUUUUAUACACCAGAGCAGGAAAAGGCCGCCAAGGAAUCUCUUGAGAACCACCAGAAGGUCAUGAAUAGGAAGAUUGUGACAGAAAUCCUUCCUGCAAAAAAAUUCUACAGGGCCGAGGAGUACCAUCAGCAGUACCUGGAGAAAGGUGGGCGCUUUGGUUUUAAACAGUCAGGAGCCAAAGGCUGUAAUGACCCUAUUCGCUGCUAUGGUUAAAAAUAAAGGAACCACGAACACCGUUUGCCGCUGCAAUACCUGGUCGUUUUGACUAGUUAGAUCUAUUAAAGUUUUAUGUUUCGUAUGUAAUGUACCUGAGUCUAUGGAUUGUGUCCUCGUGAUGCAUUUAGUUUUUGAACACAUACGGCUUGUAUUUAUCCAUGCGCAUUCUUAUGGUCUCGGAUGUUACUGUUUGUAUAGCAUGAUUCCACAUUUGAGUAUGCAGCAUGAUUCCAUACUGAGAUGCCACCUUGGAAGGUUGUGGAUCAA